AUGGCAUGCACGGGAUGCUUCUUUCCAUCAAAUCUACAACCCUCUCUUCUCACUAUCACUGUCCCAUCAAUCACUGGUGUCUCAACCCAUUCAUUCUCUUUCAUUUUUGUAAGGGCUUCUCAAAGAAAAUUCUUGAUCAAAGCUAUGUCCCCCACGUCUAUUUUAGGAAACAACAACGACGGCUCUGAAAGUGCUGCUGAGUUUAAUUGGGAUGAGCUUGGAUUUAGACUAAUCCCCACAGAUUAUAUGUAUGUCAUGAAAUGUGCAAAAGAAGAUAAGUUUUCACAAGGAUCACUGCUUCCGUAUGGUAACAUUGAGAUGAACCCUUCUGCUGGGAUAAUAAAUUAUGGACAGGGUCUCUUUGAGGGACUAAAGGCACAUAGAACUGAAGAUGGACGUAUACUUUUAUUUCGACCUGAUGAAAAUGGCCAACGUAUGAAGAGAGGAGCAGAUAGAAUGUGUAUGCCAUCCCCAUCUGUUGACCAGUUUGUUAAUGCUGUAAAACAAACAGUUCUUGCGAAUAAACGAUGGGUGCCUCCUCCAGGAAAAGGGUCACUAUAUAUUAGGCCCUUGCUCAUGGGAACAGGGCCAGUGUUAGGAUUGGGACCAGCACCAGAAUAUACAUUGCUUAUUUAUUGUUCUCCUGUUAGCAGCUACUUCAGGACUCCACUAAACUUAAAAGUCGAAGAUAAACUCUAUCGUGCAAUAUCUGGCAGUGGUGGAACUGGUGGUAUCAAAAGUGUCACCAAUUAUGCUCCUGUUUAUACCGCAACUACUGAUGCAAAAGCCAACGGCUUCUCCGACGUGUUGUUCUUGGAUUCAGCAACUGGAAAAUAUAUAGAGGAGGUCUCAUCAUGCAAUGUAUUUAUUGUCAAGGACAACAUUAUCUGCACUCCUCAUAUAGACGGAGCCAUUUUGCCUGGAAUCACACGAAAAUCCAUCAUUGAGAUUGCCAUAGACUUGGGUUAUGAGGUGAUGGAACGUGCCGUAUCAGUGGAGGAAAUGCUAGGUGCUGAUGAAAUGUUCUGCACAGGAACUGCUAUGAUUGUCAACUCAGUUGGAUCUGUAACUUACAAGGGAACAAGAGUGGAAUACAAUACAGGACCAGAAACUUUGUGCGCAAAACUCCGCGCAACACUUGUUGGAAUUCAGACAGGGUGUCUGGAGGACACAAAGUCAUGGACUGUCAAUGUUAAAUGA